GUUUUUAAGCCUGCGUGCUGAGGUCGCGGUGCUAUCGCACGUCACGUAGGCCGGCUGGAAGAUGGCGGCUCCGGGGGAAUAUUUCAGCAUCGGCUCCCAGGUCUCAUGUCGGACAUGCCACGAGACGAAGCUCCAGGGGGAGGUGGUGGCCUUCGACCACCAGAGCAAGAUGCUGGCGCUGAAAUGCCCCCCCUCUAGCGGAAAACCCAACCACGCCGACAUCUUACUGCUCAACAUGCAGUAUGUUUCUGAUGUAGAGGUACUGAACGAUCGCACGCAGACCCCUCCACCCCUAGCUAGCCUCAACAUCAAUAAGCUUGCAAGCAGAGCUCGACUGGAGAAGGAAGAGAAACUGAGCCAGGCGUACGCCAUUAGUGCCGGAGUAUCCGUGGAUGGACAGCAGCUAUUCCAGACUAUACAUAAGACGAUAAAGGACUGCAAGUGGCAGGAGAAGAAUAUAGUAGUUAUGGAAGAAGUGAUUAUAUCUCCCCCAUACCAAGUGGAAAACUGUAAAGGAAAAGAGGGGAGCGCUCUCAGCCACGUCCGCAAAGUAGUCGAGAAACAUUUUAGGGAUGUUGAAGGUCAAAAGGGGAUGCAGAGAAACGCAAUCCAGUCAUCACAGAAAGAGACCAGUACGUCCUCCUGAGCCUUCAACACACGUUGGCAUCACCUGCCCCAGAGCUGCCUGCUCUUCUCACCCCGAGGGUUGGAGCCCUGAGGAGAGCCAGAUGGGGUGGACGACAUGCGGGGUGUGGUGAACAAGAAUGAGGGAGGGCGUGGGGUAGCUUUUAUUUCCGGACUAGUUGCUCUCAACCCUUUCCUUGGAUGGCUUUCAGUCUGGCAUACAAAGGGGAUGGGGUUGAGGGGAUACAGAGCUAUAGAAGACCCUAAGGGCUUCAAAUUUUUUUUUAGCCGGUCCGGCUCAAAUUCGGAAUCUCCUCCGGCAUUGCAUUUCUUCCACAGCGGACUUUAUUUUCCUUUUUUUUUUUUUUUUUUUUUCCCCACCCAACCCCUAUUUGUCUCUUUUUGUGUUAAAGUUCUAUUUCCCUUCCGUUGCUGGUAGAAAUCUCAACUCUUUCUCAGCCAAAGGGCCACGGUGAAGCCCGACUUGUUUCCCUCUGGCUGGAAAAGAGUUAUAAAAUUGCCUGCAAAAAGAAAAAUAAAUAAAAUUAAAAAAAAAAAACAGAAAAAAAAAUAAAAUUGAAAACAACGUAAA